AUGCCUUCAUCCGGAGAUAUCAAACCGCUUCCCUCCGAUGUGAUUGCCAAAAUCAAAUCCUCCACCUCAAUCAUCCAUCUCAAUGGCGUGGUGGUCGAAUUGGUGAAAAACGCCUUGGAUGCAAGUGCACGAACGGUUCUCAUAUCCGUGGAUUUCAAACGUGGAAGCUGUAUCGUGGAAGAUGAUGGCGAUGGUAUUCCCCAGGCUGAAUUCGAGACAGACGGUGGGCUUGGAAAGGCACAUUAUACGUCAAAGUUUCAAAAACCUGAAAUGUAUGGCCAUCGAGGGUUAUUCCUGGCUUCCUUGGCCUCCCUGGCUCUGCUAACCGUGACGUCUCGUCAUUCCCAACAUACCACCACGAACUCGAUCAUUUUCCAUCACUCAAGACCUGUUGCGCGGAUGACUCCUGCGCCAGCACACCAAAAUCUCCGAGUCGGUGACCAUGGUACCUGUGUAACCGUCAAUGACAUGUUCGGCAAUAUGCCGGUGCGCGUCAAAAGUCGCGCUCUCGCAUUCCAGAAACCAGAUGAGCUGGAGCGGGAGUGGGCGCAACUUAGAUACUUGCUAGCUUCUCUCAUGCUAGCCAAUCAUCAGCUCUCCAAGCUGAAUGUCACUGAUGUCGAGAGAGGGAAGCGGGUUUCAAUUCGGUUAAGAAACGAACAGCCCGAGGUAGAUGGGGUUAAUCUUGGACGUAUUGGCUCGGUUCUAUCACAAUCUGGCCUAGCCACAUCGCCGACCAUGAAUACAUGGCAUGUCUUAUCUGCCAUGGUCCCUGAUCUCACGGUCAGCGCCGCUAUCUCAACUGAACCCAGCCCUUCGAAGAAGCUUCAGUUCAUCUCGUUGGGUAACACGCCAGUGUUGUCUCGCAAUGGCUCCAAUGUGCUGUUCAGCGAAGUCAACAGAAUGAUUUCUCUGUCGGACUUUGGUAGUAUUGGGAAUUCAUCCCGGGCCGUCUCUCUUCCUCGUCCUUCGUCUGGGCCAGGUCGCUCUGAAACCAACAUGAGUGGCCGAAGCUUGACAAAGAGCAUUAAUAAAUGGCCGAUGUUCUAUAUAAGAAUUGACACGAGCUCAUCCCACAACCUCUGUGAUGAUACGGAUGACAUCGCCCCAGACUCCGAAAAGUCCCUCCAGCGUAUCAUCGAUGUCCUUGGGGCCAUGAUCUUGGAGUUCCUCAAACAACAAAAUCUGCGCCCUCGUGCUUCAAAACGACAAGCCCGGCCAUCUAGCCGAGUAGAUCAAAUUAAGACUAGCGAUGAACAAAGUGUCGGGCGUUCUCUAAACCCGAGGCAAAGGAGUUCCGUCGCAAACGCCGAAGAGAGCUUUGGUGCUCGGGUCAAACUGCCCACGUUUCAACGAUCGCAAGCUGUGAACUCCGGCCAACACUUCAAUAACUGGUCAAGGAUUAAAUCGGCCAAAGAUGGUACAUUUCGGGCGCCCUCUCUUGAAAUUCUCAGCGAUCCAAGAACCAAUGAGAAUCAUCUCCAGGAUCGACGACAGUUUCAGUCUCUUCCGGAGUGUCCACGGAAUAAUGGAAGCCCACAACUCCAUGCCAAUCCUUCAAUUUCAUCACGCUGUCUCUCCCUAAAUCCCGUGUCCCCGGCGAUGAUUCAUCGAGACGCAGAAUUUGAAGGGGCGGGGUGCCCACUCUCUGAUGCGAUUCCUGAUCAACAUGUACCUUGGACCGAUCCACAUACGGGAAAGUCUCAUUUAAUCAAUGCACGCACAGGCCAGUCACUCGAUCCUCAAUCGGUGUCCCUUGGGCCUAGCUUGCGAUCUGGGAGUCUAUUUGCUGGUCCGACUGAACAACCACAGAGAAAAAGCGCCCCGGCGGAGACCGUCUGGGUCGAUAAUUUGCUGAAGUCAUGGGAUAAUCCUACUUUCAGUCGAACAGAGAUCGCGGUGCCAAAUCUUGACAUUGGUGACAGCUAUCCACACAAUAGCGUCAACCAUUCACACAGCUGUCUACAGGAUAUUGGAUCUCUAGGCGGUGCGCGUGUUGCUAAAUUCAGAGGCAAGCUCCGUCGACAAGUUCUUGCAGAGGCAACUAUCAUCUCUCAGGUAGAUCGAAAGUUCAUUCUUGCGAAGGUGGAUAUCGUCACUCCCGAUGGCAAUUUUCGUGAAGACAACGUUCUUGUUUUGGUAGAUCAACAUGCAGCCGAUGAGCGAUGUCGUGUUGAACAGCUAUUCCAGGAUUUGUUCCUUGCACCGGUCGAUUCGACUCACGGCAGUACAGUCAGCACAACUGAUGUCGAUCUUAUUAUGCUCCAAGUUUCAUCUACAGAGCAAUUGCUCUUUCAGAAAUAUUUAGGGUUCUUUGGACAUUGGGGUAUUCACUACAAGAUUGAACCAUCUCAAUCUGGAUGUAUAGUUUUGGUGACUACACUCCCGGUUCUCAUCGCCGAGCGUUGCCGUCUUGAGCCCGAUUUGGUUAUUGACUUACUCGUCGGGAGAUUUGGACGAGGGAGGAGGACGAACUCUUUGUCCGAUUUAGAUCUAUUUCCGUUUGGGGGGGACACCGCUAAUGCAGAGAAUUCCGCCUUGCCACAUUCAUGGGUACACAAUUUGAGUGGUUGCCCCCAAGGAAUCAUCGAUCUUCUCAACUCCCGUGCAUGCCGAACUGCCAUCAUGUUCAAUGACCCAUUGAGUAUUGAUGAGUGCAAGACAUUAGUCACGAGGUUGGCCCGGUGUGCUUUUCCAUUCCAAUGUGCCCACGGACGACCGUCGAUGAUUCCUAUUCUCGAUCUACGGGCACAGUCUGAGCAUGGUCAUCCGGCUUCUGAGGCAGACGUUGUACCGCAUGACUGCUUUGAAGAUAAUGCUUUGGACUUUUCAGCGGCGUUUAGACUUCGAUAUGGGGAUUGA